AUGCCAACAGACAUCGAUAGAUCAAUAGGUAUAUGCCAGCAGACAGCAACGGAUUUGUCAGUAUCCUUGACCCUUGUGAUACAAGGCAAGGGAUCUAUCUAUCUAUCUAUCUAUCUAUCUAUCUAUCUAUCUUUGCAAGCAAUAUAUUUAAACAUUCCCUCUCCCCAUCUCUCCCUCCAUAUAGAAAAAAGCAACACUAUCUAUCUAUCUAUCUAUCUAUCUAUCUAUCUAUCUAUCUAUCUAUCUUUACAAGCAAUAUAUUUGAACAUUGUCUCUCCCCUUCUCUCCCUCUAUAUAGAAAGUAACACUAUCUAUCUAUCUAUCUAUCUAUCUAUCUAUCUAUCUAUCUAUCUAUCUAUCUAUCUAUCUCCCAUGUUUUUUCUUUUCCCAUCUUUCUCUUUCUUCCUCUCCUUACUCUUAUCGUCUUACUCUCACUCUAACUCUCACUUUCACGCUCUCUAUCUCUCUCUCUCUCUCUCUCUAUCUAUCUCCAUUUGCUAUCUUGUGCAGUUCCCCUAUCUUUCUUUCUUCCUUUCUUUCUUUCUUUCUUUCUUUCUUUCUUUCUUUCUUUCUCGUCUCCUCUUUUAUUUAUGUGAUUCCCUCUCUCUUAUUUCUCCUCACCCUUCCACCAGAUUCUGCUCCUUCCACUUUUUUCUAUCCAACAUUUAUUCUGCUCUCUCUUUCACCCGCCCCCUUAUGUUUUGUCACAGUCUCUCUUUCUUUUGCCUACCUGUUCUUUCUUCCCUUUUUGCAAAUUUCUCCUCCUCACACUUUCCCCUAUUUUCCUCUCUUUAUUUUUGUCGUUGUUUUCACUCUUCCCGCCUCUCUGUCCCGCUUUUACUCUUUCUCUUGAACCUAAUCUAUUAUUUAUUUACUCACCCACUCAAGAUGUCUCUGUUUCUCUUACUAGAUUCAAAUAAUUUUUUAGUUUUCCUUCCAUCUUUAUUCACUUCUUUCUUUCUUUCUUUCUUUUUUCUUUCUUUCUUUUUUCUUUCUCGUUUUUUCAUUUGCCUCUUGUUGCUUCUUUCCUUACGUUCUUAUUUCCCCCUAGCAUUUUAUUUAUUUUCUUUCUUUCUUUCUUUCUCUUUCUUUCUUUCUUUCUUUCUUUCUUUCUUUCUUUUCUUUCUUUCUCGUUUUUUUCCAUUUUGCCUCUUGUUUGCUUCUUUCCUUAUUUUAUUUUUCGCAUUUUAUAUUAUUUUUCUUUCUUUCUUUCUUUCUUUCUUUUUUUCUUUCUUUCUUUUUUCCAUUUUUAUUCUUUCCUUACGUUCUUAUUUCCCAUUCGCAUUUUAUAUUUUUUUUUUUUUCUUUCUUUUCUUCUUUCUUUCUUUUCUUUCUUUCUUUUUUCUUUGUUGCUUCUUUCCCUUACGUUCUUAUUUCCCAUUCGCAUUUUAUAUUAUUUUCUUUAUUUUCUUUUCUUUCUUUUCUUUCUUUCUUUCUUUCUUUUCUUUCUUUCGUUUUCCAUUUGCCUCUUGUUGUUCUUUUUCCUUACGUUCUUAUUUCCCAUUCGCAUUUUUAUUAUAUUAUUUUCUUUCUUUUUUCUUUCUUUCUUUUCUUUCUUUUCUUUCUUUCUUUUCCAUUUGCCUCUUGUUUGCUUCUUUCCUUACGUUCUUAUUUCCCAUUCGCAUUUUAUAUUUAUUUUCUUUCUUUCUUUCUUUCUUUCUUUUUCUUUCUUUCUUUCUUUCUUUCUUUCUUUCUCGUUUUCCAUUUGCCUCUUGUUUUCUCUUUCCUUACGUUCUUAUUUCCCAUUCGCAUUUUAUAUUUUUUUCUUUUCUUUCUUUCUUUCUUUCUUUCUUUCUUUCUUUCUUUCUUUCUUUCUUUCUCGUUUUCCAUUUGCCUCUUGUUUCUUCUUUUUUCCUUACGUUCUUAUUUCCCAUUCGCAUUUUUAUAUUAUUUUCUUUCUUUCUUUCUUUCUUUUUUUCUUUCUUUUCUUUCUUUCUCGUUUUCCAUUUGCCUCUUGUUGCUUCUUUCCUUACGUUCUUAUUUUUUCGCAUUUUAUAUUAUUUUCUUUCUUUCUUUCUUUUUUCUUUCUUUCUUUCUUUCUUUCUUUCUUUCUUUUUUUCCAUUUGCCUCUUGUUUCUUUCUUUCCUUAUUUCCCAUUCAUUUUUUCUUUUUUCUUAUUUUUUUCUUUCUUUCUUUCUUUUUUUUUUUUUUUACUUUGUUUUUCUUCUUUCUUUUCGUUCUUAUUUUCCCAUUCGUUUUUAUAUUUUUUUCUUUCUUUCUUUCUUUCUUUUCUUUCUUUCCUUUCGUUCUUUUUUUUCGUUUUCCAUUUUUUUUUGUUUCUUUCUUUCCUUUCUUUUCUUUCUUUCCCAUUCGUUUUCCAUUUUCUUUAUUUUCUUUCUUACGUUCUUUUUCCCAUUCGCAUUUUAUUUAUUUUCUUUCUUUCUUUCUUUCUUUCUUUCUUUCUUUCUUUCUUUCUUUCUCGUUUUCCAUUUGCCUCUUGUUGCUUCUUUCCUUACGUUCUUAUUUCCCAUUCGCAUUUUAUAUUAUUUUCUUUCUUUCUUUCUUUCUUUCUUUCUUUCUUUCUUUCUUUCUUUCUUUCUUUCUUUCUUUCUUUCGUUUUCCAUUUUGCCUUUUGUUUUUUUCUUCUUUCCUUACGUUCUUAUUUCCCAUUCGCAUUUUAUAUUAUUUUCUUUCUUUCUUUCUUUCUUUCUUUCUUUCUUUCUUUCUUUCUUUCUUUCUUUCUUUCUUUCUUUCUUUCUUUCUCGUUUUCCAUUUGCCUCUUGUUUCUUCUUUCCUUACGUUCUUAUUUCCCAUUCGCUUUUUUAUUAUUUUUUUCUUUUCUUUCUUUCUUUCUUUUUUUCUUUCUUUCUUUCUUUCUUUCUCGUUUUUUCCAUUUGCCUCUUUUGUUUCUUCUUUCCUUUUCUUAUUUCCCAUUCGCAUUUUAUAUUAUUUUUCUUUCUUUCUUUCUUUCUUUCUUUCUUUCUUUCUUUCUUUCUUUCUUUCUCGUUUUCCAUUUGCCUCUUGUUGCUUCUUUCCUUACGUUCUUAUUUCCCAUUCGCAUUUUAUAUUAUUUUCUUUCUUUCUUUCUUUCUUUCUUUCUUUCUUUCUUUCUUUCUCGUUUUCCAUUUGCCUCUUGUUGCUUCUUUCCUUACGUUCUUAUUUCCCAUUCGCAUUUUAUAUUAUUUUCUUUCUUUCUUUCUUUCUUUCUUUCUUUCUUUCUUUCUUUCUCGUUUUCCAUUUGCGUUUUUCCAUUUGCCUCUUGUUUUAUUUAUUUUCCUUUCUUUCUUUCUUUCCCAUUCUUUCUUUUUUUCCAUUUGCCUCUUUUGCUUCUUUCUUUCUUUUAUUUCCCAUUCGCAUUUUAUAUUAUUUUUCUUUCUUUCUUUCUUUUUCUUUCUUUCUUUCUUUCUUUUCCAUUUGCCUCUUGUUGCUUCUUUCCUUUCUUAUUUCCCAUUCGCAUUUUUAUUCGCAUUUUUAUAUUAUUUUUCUUUCUUUCUUUCUUUCUUUCUUUCUUUCUUUCUUUUUUUUCUCGUUUUUCCAUUUGCCUCUUGUUUCUUCUUUCCUUAUUCUUAUUUCCCAUUCGCAUUUUAUAUUUCUUUCUUUCUUUCUUUCUUUUUCUUUCUUUCUUUCUUUUCUUUCUUUUUCUUUCUUUUUCGUUUUCCAUUUGCCUCUUGUUGCUUCUUUCCUUUUCUUAUUUCCCAUUCGCAUUUUAUAUUAUUUUCUUUCUUUCUUUCUUUCUUUCUUUCUUUCUUUCUUUCUUUCUUUCUCGUUUUCCAUUUGCCUCUUGUUGCUUCUUUCCUUACGUUCUUAUUUCCCAUUCGCAUUUUAUAUUAUUUUCUUUCUUUCUUUCUUUCUUUUCUUUCUUUUCUUUCUUUCUUUCUUUUCCAUUUGCCUUCUUGUUGCUUCUUUUUACGUUCUUAUUUUGCUUCGCAUUUAUAUUUUUUUUCUUUCUUUCUUUUUCUUUCUUUCUUUCUUUCUUUCUUUCCCAUUUGCCUCUUGUUGCUUCUUUCCUUACGUUCUUUCCCAUUCGCAUUUUUUCUUUUCUUUUUUCUUUCUUUUUUCCAUUCUUUCUUUCUUUUCUUUUUCUUUUUUCUUUCUUUCUUUCUUUCUUUCUUUCUUUUUUCCAUUUGCCUCUUGUUGCUUCUUUCCUUACGUUCUUAUUUCCCAUUCGCAUUUUAUAUUAUUUUCUUUUUCUUUCUUUCUUUCUUUCUUUCUUUUCUUUCUUUCUUUCUUUCUCGUUUUCCAUUUGCCUCUUGUUGCUUCUUUCCUUUUUCUUAUUUCCCAUUCGCAUUUUAUAUUAUUUUUUCUUUCUUUCUUUCUUUCUUUCUUUCUUUUUCUUUUCUUUCUCGUUUUCCAUUUGCCUCUUGUUUGCUUCUUUCCUUACGUUCUUAUUUCCCAUUCGCAUUUUAUAUUAUUUUCUUUCUUUCUUUCUUUCUUUCUUUCUUUCUUUCUUUCUUUUCUUUCGUUUUCCAUUUGCCUCUUGUUGCUUCUUUCCUUACGUUCUUAUUUCCCAUUCGCAUUUUAUAUUAUUUUUUUCUUUUUCUUUCUUUCUUUCUUUCUUUCUUUCUUUCUUUCUUUCUUUCUUUCUUUCUUUUUAUAUUAUUUUUCUUUCUUUCUUUCUUUCGUUUUCCAUUUGCCUCUUGUUGCUUCUUUCCUUACGUUCUUAUUUCCCAUUCGCAUUUUAUAUUAUUUUUUCUUUCUUUCUUUCUUUCUUUCUUUCUUUCUUUCUUUCUUUUUCCAUUUCUUUCUUUCUUUCGUUUUCCCAUUUUUUAUAUUAUUUUCCUCUUUCUUUCUUCUUUCCUUACGUUCUUAUUUCCCAUUCGCAUUUUAUUUUUCUUUCUUUCUUUCUUUCUUUCUUUCUUUCUUUCUUUCUUUCUUUCUUUCUCGUUUUCCAUUUGCCUCUUGUUGCUUCUUUCCUUACGUUCUUAUUUCCCAUUCGCAUUUUAUAUUAUUUUCUUUCUUUCUUUCUUUCUUUCUUUCUUUUCUUUUCUUUCUUUCUCGUUUUUUCCAUUUGCUCUUUUUAGCUUCUUUCCUUACGUUCUUAUUUCCCAUUCGCAUUUUAUAUUAUUUUCUUUCUUUCUUUCUUUCUUUCUUUCUUUCUUUCUUUCUUUCUCGUUUUCCAUUUGCCUCUUGUUGCUUCUUUCCUUACGUUCUUAUUUCCCAUUCGCAUUUUAUAUUAUUUUUUCUUUCUUUCUUUCUUUCUUUCUUUCUUUCUUUCUUUCUUUCUUUCUUUUCCAUUUGCCUCUUGUUGCUUCUUUCCUUUUCUUAUUUCCCAUUUCCUUUUAUUCUUAUUUUCCCAUUUGCGCAUUUCUUUCCUUAUUCUUAUUUCCCAUUCGCAUUUUUCUUAUUUUUCUUUCUUUCUUUCUUUCUUUCUUUCUUUCUUUCUUUCUUUCUUUUCGUUUUUCCAUUUGCCUCUUGUUGCUUCUUUCCUUACGUUCUUAUUUCCCAUUUUUAUAUUAUUUUCUUUUAUUUCUUUCUUUCUUUCUUUCUUUCUUUCUUUCUUUCUUUCUCUUUCUUUCGUUUUUUCCUUUUUCUUUUUUCUUUUUUUUUUUUUCUUUCUUUUUUUUUCUUUCUUUCUUUCUUUCUUUUCCAUUUGCCUCUUGUUGCUUCAUUCCUUACGUUCUUAUUUCCCAUUCGCAUUUUUAUUAUUUUCUUUCUUUUUCUUUCUUUCUUUCUUUCUUUCUUUUUUUUCUUUCUUUCUUUCUUUCUUUCUUGUUUUUCCAUUUGCCUUUGUUGCUCUUCUUUCCUUACGUUCUUAUUUCCCAUUCGCAUUUUAUAUUAUUUUCUUUUCUUUCUUUCUUUCUUUCUUUCUUUUUUCUUUCUUUCUUUCUUUCUUUCUUUCGUUUCAUUUUCCAUUUGCCUCUUUGUUGCUUCUUUCCUUACGUUCUUAUUUCCCAUUCGCAUUUUUAUAUUAUUUUUCUUUCUUUCUUUCUUUCUUUCUUUCUUUUUUCUUUUUCUUUUUUCUUUUUCUUUUUCUUUCUUUCUCGUUUUUCAUUUGCCUUUGUUUCUUUCCCCCAUUCGCUUUUUCUAUUUUCCAUUUUCUUUGUUUCUUUUUUCGUUCUUUCUUUCUUUCUUUUUUUUUAUUUCUUUCUUUCUUUCAUUUUUUCUUUCUUUUCUUUCUUUCUUUCUCGUUUUCCAUUUGCCUUUUGCUUCUUUCCUUCUUUCUUUCUUUUCUUUUCUUUCUUUUUCUUUCUUUCUUUCUUUUUCUUUCUUUCUUUUUUCUUUCUUUCUUUUGUUCUUUCUUUCUCGUUUUCCAUUUGCCUCUUGUUGCUUCUUUCCUUACGUUCUUAUUUCCCAUUCCUUUUUUUAUUUCUUUCUUUCUUUCUUUCUUUUUUUAUUUUCUUUUUUUUCUUUCUUUCUUUCUUUCUUUCUUUCUUUUUUCCAUUUUGCCUCUUGUUGCUUCUUUUUUCCUUACGUUCUUAUUUCCCAUUCGCAUUUUAUAUUAUUUUUCUUUCUUUCUUUCUUUUCUUUCUUUUCUUUUGCUUCUUUUUUCUUUCCUUUUUCUUCUUUUUUCUUUCGUUCUUAUUUCUUUCUCGUUUUCCAUUUUUUCCCUUUCUUCUUUCUUUCUUUUUAAAUUUUUUUCUUUCUUUCUUUCUUUCUUUUUCGUUUCCAUUUGCCUCUUGUUGCUUCUUUCCUUACGUUCUUAUUUCCCAUUCAUUUUAUAUUAUUUUUCUUUCUUUCUUUCUUUCUUUCUUUCUUUCUUUCUUUCUUUCUUUCUUUGCUUUCUUUUCAUUUCUUUUCUUCUUUUCCCAUUCGCUUUUAUAUUAUUUUCUUUCUUUCUUUCUUUCUUUUUUUCUUUCUUUCUUUCUUUCUUUCUUUCUUUCUCGUUUUUCCAUUUGCCUCUUGUUGCUUCUUUCCUUACGUUCUUUUUCCAUUCUUUUUUAUAUUAUUUUUCUUUCUUUUUUCUUUCUUUCUUUCUUUCUUUCUUUCUUUCUUUCUUUUCUUUCCCUACUUUUCAAUAUUCCUUCUUUUCUUCGAUUCGAUUUUUCAUUCAGCCCUUUCUUUAAAUUUUUUCAAUUCUCUUUCUUUCUUUCAUUUCUUUCUUUCGCUUCCACUUUGGUUCGAUGGUUAGGAACACUGUUGGCCUUCUUUUCCUUUUGCCAUAAACCCUUCGUUGCACUAUUUCUGCUGGCGUAG